AUGCACUCUGUAUUAGUGAAAAAGAAACUACAGUCAGUUUUGCAAAAAGAAAAACGUGGACAAAGUAAACAAAAUGCCGCACAAUGUAAAUCUCGCCGGCGACCAAAGACUGUAGAUCUUCCCGAAGGUUGCAAAUUUGAAAUCCGUGAGACAAUAUAUAAAAUGCGUGAAAGGAAAGAACAUGUCUCUUUAGAUUCAGUGCUAGAGAAAUUAAAAGAAAGAAAAACAUUUGAAAUUUCCAGAAUAAGUCUCUGGAGAGUUUUGAGACAGAUUGGCUUUAAGUUCAAAAAGAAAGAUAAUAGAAAGGCUUUGUGUGAAAGAGCUAGUGUCGUUCACAAAAGAAUAGAAUUUUUAAGGAAUUAUAAGAAAUUUAAAAAAGAAUGUUCUUCCUUUGUUUAUUUAGAUGAAACACGGAUUUUUUCUAAAGGUGGUAUCAAACGAAUUUGGCACGAGAGUACAAAAUCCAUAAAACAUACCGAUACCGAGGGAAAGAGAUAUAUUACAGUGCAUGCAGGUGGAAAACAUGUUUUUAUUGAGGGAGCCGAUCUAGUGUUUUCAACAAAAUCAAAAUCAGCCGAUUAUCAUGACAAUAUGAAUACGGAUAUGUUUUUGAAAUGGUUGAAAGAAAAACUGUUGCCAAGUUUACAUGGACCAUGCGUUGUAGUACUGGAUAAUGCUUCGUACCAUUCGGAAAUUUUAAAUAAACAACCAACCAAAUCCUGGACCGUAGAUAAAAUAAAAGAAUGGUUAAAGAAUAAAAAUAUUACAUUUUCUCAAUAUUGCUUUAAGCCUCUACUUCUAACGUUAGCUAAAAGUCAUGCACAACCAAACAUAUAUUUAUAUGGUAGACGAAAUUAUACAUAG